CAAAUAUCCACCUAUAUUGAGACACUUUCCAAAAGUGUUAUAUAGCAGUACCUUGUAAAAAUUUGUAAUUAAAUACAUCUAUUGUAUAUAAAUGUUCAUAAAUUAUUGAUACAGUAAUAGCAGUAUAAUUAAUUAACUAUGCUGAAUAACAUAACCAAAGCUUUUGUUGACGUGGUACUACCGGUACUUUGUAAUGCAAAAUCAACAAAAUUACAUGAGAUAUCUAUACGUCAUUUUUACACGAAUGAGUUAAAGAGACGACUGAAGGCAGAACAAAAAUUAAAAGAGAAAACGGAGAAAGAAGCAAAAGUAUCUGCUGUAGCAGCAGCAAAACCACAAGCCAAAACUAUAGAGAAAAAGGAUGAUGAAGAGAAUAUUAGCCCAAAUGAGUAUAUUAAACUUAGGACACAAGCAAUCAAUCACCUGAAAAAUAUAAAUGAAAAUCCAUAUCCACACAAGUUUCACGUAUCAAUGUCUAUGGAAAAUUUUAUUGAAAAAUUUAGCAACACCAUAAAGAAUGGAGAAGUAUUACAGAAUGAAGUACAUAGCAUUGCUGGUCGUGUGUUUGCAAUUAGAGAGUCUGGUGCUAAACUUAUUUUUUAUGACCUCAGAGGAGAAGGCCUUAAAGUUCAAGUCAUGGCAAAUGCAAGACAUUAUAGCAAUGAAGAAAAGUUUGCCAUUGAUAUUGCUAAAAUAAGAAGAGGUGAUAUUAUCGGGGUUGUUGGAAAUCCUGGAAAAACUAAGAAGGGUGAAUUCUCUAUUAUGCCUCAUGAUAUUACCCUUUUAAGUCCUAGCCUGCAUAUGUUGCCAACGCUUUAUUUUGGAUUACACGACAAGGAGACAAGAUUUCGUCAGCGCUAUUUAGAUCUUAUUCUAAACGACAAAGUGAGACAAACAUUUCACAUACGAGCGAAAAUAAUCGCAUACGUUCGCAAAUUUCUUGAUGAACUUGGUUUUUUAGAAGUUGAAACGCCAAUGAUGAAUAUGAUUGCUGGUGGAGCUACAGCUAAACCUUUUAUCACACACCAUAAUGAAUUAAAUAUGGAUUUGUAUAUGCGUAUUGCUCCAGAAUUAUAUCUAAAGAUGUUGGUUGUUGGCGGAAUGGAUAGAGUAUAUGAAAUUGGAAGGCAGUUCAGAAAUGAAGGAAUAGAUUUAACACAUAACCCAGAGUUUACUACUUGUGAAUUUUAUAUGGCAUAUGCGGAUUAUAAUGACUUAAUGUCUAUUACUGAAGAUAUGGUAUCUGGAAUGGUGAAAACCAUACAUGGUAGUUAUAAAAUAACCUAUCAUCCAGAUGGACCAGAGGGUGAAGCAGUGGAGAUUGAUUUUACUCCUCCGUUUAAACGAAUUUCGAUGAUGAAAACCUUAGAGGAGAUGUUAAAAGUUAAAUUACCUCAAGCAGACCAAUUAAACACGCCUGAAGCAAAUCAGAUACUUAGCGAUAUAUGUACUAAACAUGAAGUUGAAUGUCCUCCCCCAAGAACAGCAGCUAGAUUGCUAGACAAGCUUGUUGGCGAAUUUAUAGAAGAAACUUGUAUUAAUCCUACAUUUAUCUUGGACCAUCCGCAAAUUAUGUCGCCGUUAGCGAAGUGGCAUCGUUCGGAGAAAGGUUUGACGGAACGGUUUGAGUUAUUUAUCAUGAAGAAGGAAGUCUGUAACGCAUAUACAGAGUUGAAUGAUCCUAUAGUACAAAGAGAUAGAUUUGAACAACAAGCAAAGGAUAAAGCAGCCGGGGAUGACGAAGCACAGUUAAUUGACGAGAACUUUUGUACUGCUUUAGAAUAUGGUUUACCGCCAACCGCUGGGUGGGGAAUGGGUAUUGAUCGUGUUACUAUGUUCCUCACAGAUGCAAAUAAUAUAAAGGAGGUAUUACUAUUCCCACAAAUGAGACCAGAUGAUCCAAAUAAAAGCAAAGAAGUAGUUGAAGAUAAUAAAACAUCUAAUAAUAGUAAUUUAAGUGAAGUCAACAAAUAAAAACUGAUACUGUGUUCCUUUCCACAGUGUGCAAAUCAUUCUUUGAAAACAUGUUUUAAAUGGUAAAUAAAUUUUUCUUUUAAAAGGAAAAAA